CUUUAAGCGGAAGAGUGGAAUUCUAGGAUCCCGACCCUGGAAGCGGCUGGAUGGGCAAAAUUGAGAGAUAUUAUAAGCAUGCAAGGCAACAGUGAACUCAGGAAGAUCCCUCUUGUGGCUACAGAUCUGGAGAGAGAUUUUUUUUACCACAGCACGUCACUAAUGGCAUACUUCAGGAAGAAUUUCUUUUAACCAGUUCAUUGGAUGAGUGUUGAAAUUUCCGAAAGUCAAUAGUGACUUUUACCACUUCUUCAUAUUUUGUUUAUGUUUACAAAACACUUUGCAUACCAGAGUUCUGUGCAUUUAAUGAGAAGAUGACAUUCCAGUUUAAUUUUACUAUAGACAGCCACCAAGAAAAUGAAUUAACACCCCUUGGAGAUGAGACCUCAGGCUUGGAAUCUUCAGGAAUAACAUCAAUCUUAGAGAGUCAGAAAGGAAACCUGAAAGUUGGAAAAUGGUCCUCAGAAGAAUGUGAUUUAUCAGAGGAACCAUUGUGGGGAUGCAAAUCAUCACCAAAACUUAAGGCUUCUCAAGACUAUGACAACUCAUUGGCUAUUUCAGAUGAAAUUACAAGGGAUUUGGGGCCCAAAGAAAAACAGUCUUGUUUAAAAGUUGCCAAAGAACACUCUGUCCCUAAAGAUUUAAACAAAGUAUUAGAAAAUAAAGUGGUAGAAGUUAUGCCACAUCUUCAGCACACAAGUUUAUCAAUAGUGAAAAUGGCCUUUUUGAAAGACAACUCUUGUGGAGAAGACAUAAUAUCCAAAAGCCUUUCUUCUCACUCUGAUCUUAUCACAGGUAUCUAUGAAGGAGGUUUGAAGGUCUGGGAGUGUACCUUUGAUCUGCUUGCUUAUUUAUGGGAUGAAAAAAUACAAUUUGCUGGGAAAAGAGUGUUGGAUCUUGGGUGUGGAGCAGGGCUUCUGGGUAUAAUUGCCCUCAAGGGAAAAGCUAAAGAAAUCCACUUUCAAGAUUAUAAUAGCACUGUAAUUGAUGAAGUAACCAUUCCAAAUGUAAUAGUGAACUCCACUUUUGAAUGUGAAGAUGAUGAAGUAAAUGAGCCAGAUUUGAAAAGAAGGAAGAUCUUGAACCCUACACAAGAACUUUGCAGCAAAUGUCGAUUCUUUUCUGGAGAGUGGUGCGAGUUUUCCAAACUUGUGCUAAGCAGCAAACAAGCUUUUGCAAAAUAUGACAUCAUUCUUACCUCUGAGACCAUUUAUAAUCCAAGUUAUUAUAGUUCUUUCCACCAAACUUUAGCUAGUUUGUUGAAUGAAAAUGGACAGGUAUUCUUAGCAAGUAAAGCACAUUACUUUGGUGUUGGAGGAGGUGUUCAUCUCUUUCAGAAGUAUGUAGAAGAAAGGAAUGUAUUUGAAACUAGUACACUCAGAAUAACUGAUGAAGGACUAAAGAGGGUCUUAAUUAAAAUGGCCUUUAAACAGACCCAUUGAAGUCCAAAUUUACUACCUUUGCUUUCAUUUUAUUCAACUGUUGACUAAAAGAUUUCUGCUCCAAGAAUCAAUUUUCUGCCUCCAUAAUGUCUUCAUGAAAUUGUCCCAGUGUUACCUUUAUUGUUUUCCUUUCUCUGUAAAAUAAGAGGUCGUCUAUGUUGGCAAGGCAAAAGACAGGAAUCAUGAGAAACUGAUAUACCUGAACACCCUUUAUUAAUGGAUAAUUUUGGAACCAAAUCCUGUGUUCUUCAUUCUCAUUUGAUAUUAAAUGAAACAAUUUUCACAAA